UGUAGUUUCUAUUUCAAGCAAAAAUGGACGCGGAACUAAGGACAGAUAGCGAACGUCAAAACUUUGUUUCCAUUUAUCGUGGUUUUGCAUAUGUUGGUGAAAAAUUGGAGAGUUACACAAAAGAGGGACUGGAUAGAACGUAUCAAAACAUUUAUAAAACAUUAGCGGGUUAUCCUCCAUGCACACAAAACUGCAGCAGAAUUUAUAAAUGUCAGUUCGUGAAAUGGUGCAGAACAUGCAAUGGCUGGCGAAAUCAACUACUUAAAACUAGGAAAUCACCAAAUGUACAUUGGGAGCUCACUCAUUCGUGGGAAUGGCCCCACUCUUAUUUAAAUAUAAUUGAAGUUUAUCUUCCAGCCUCAUGGCAAAACGAUGACAUAGACAUAAAGGACGUGUCUACUGCAUGUUUUAUCUGGGAAAAUUGUUUUAAACAGUUUAGAAUAAAACCGUUCAUAAUAAAGAAUAUCCGAAAGUUCAGAAAUCAGUAUUUUGCCCACAACACAUCCCUGAAAGCAACUGAUUUAGAAAAAACAAGAGUGUUUGAUGUUCUAAAGGAUCUUUUAAAAGAACCAGAUGUGCAAGGCCAUAUUGAUGUUCAGGAAUGCCUCAACCAUCUUUUAAAUAUUGAGCAGGGAUACCAGAUAGAAAAAUGGAUGGUUGCAGUUCAAGACUUAAUUGAGCAACAUGGGUUCAAAUUGAAUAAACUUGAAGACAUUGCAACACAUAUAAAACAGCAGCAUCACAUUCUAGGAGACAUUCAGAACGGCCAGGACUUCUUAAUUGAAGGGCAAGAGGAUUUACGAAGAGAAGUUGAAAACAUUCAGACAGAUUUAACAAUAUUCAGGAGAGACCUUAACAAUUUAUUUCAACGAAAUGAUUCAAUAUUCUCGAAUUUGUUUUCAUGGGCAAAUAGAUGUAUCCCACAAACACAGAAAAAAAUUAUAAUUUCAGUUUCGCUAUUAAUAGCCAUUGUCUUUACGUCAUGGAUAUUUGUUUUCAAAGGUUUUGUGUACGAAACAGAAAAGGACAAAUAUCAUGAUCGAGCAUGCAUGUCAGAACAGUACAGUGUACCGUUUCCUCAAGAUCUUCCGCUCCUGGGAUAUUUGAAUGACCACAAGACACUUGUUGGACGUCAAUGGCUAAUGGAAAAUUUGCAGCACGAUCUGUUCAAUUCUAACAGCAGGAAAAACCAUGGUAUUGUGCUUGUUGCCGAAAUGGGUUACGGUAAAUCUGCAUUUGUUUCAAAAUUAUUAUGUCCAGGGUCGAUGAAUAUAGCCAAAGAUAUUAAUAAACACAUUGUUGCAUUUCAUGUAUGCAAAUUUGAUGUACAAAGCACUCAUUUGUUAGAACGAUUUAUACGCAGACUUGUUGGAUUCUUCGCAAAAAAAAGUGAAGAAUAUGGUAACAUAGUAUCAAUGUUACCCGAGAGUCACAUAUUGUUUAACAGAGACAGUUGUAACAAAGAACCAGAAGCUUGCUUUGAUCAAGGCGUAACUAUACCACUGAAACAGUUAUCUAGUGUCACAGAUACACCAUGGGUUAUAGUUGUAGAUGCCAUUGACGAGUGUGGGCGAUCUGGAAAUAAUCCGGUUUUAGACCUUUUGUCAGACAAAAUUAGACAGCUUCCAAAAUGGCUCAAGUUUCUUAUUACUACCAGAGAUGUUCCACAACUAACAAUGCUAAGAAAAAUGAAGCUUGAUUAUCUGUACUCAAAUGACUCAAGAAAUAUAGAGGACAUAAAGACUUUUAUUGAAAAAUCAUUUCCAAAACAUACUCACAGAGAUAUGAUAAACAAUCUUGUUUAUAAAAGUGAAGGAAAUUUUGUAUAUAUCAUCCAGGCAUUAAAAUGGAUUAUCGAUAACAAAGACAAUGAAACCGUCCCUGACUUUCCUACAGAUCUAGGCGAUGUUUAUGACAUCAAUUUUGGUAGACAGUUUGGUGGUACAUCAUUUAGAAUUCCCAAAUUAAUAUUUGAGAUUAUUUGUUCCACGAUGAAUCCUGUUUCAAAAUCAGAAAUUUUUGCCAUUCUAAAAUCUUCAAACAUUUCAUUGACAAUAGACGAGUUUAACCUGUAUUUUAAGUCCUUAAGCUUCUUCCUAAGAGAAGGUGAAGAUGUUGGCAUAUCUCAUCAAGCUUUAUAUUUUUGGCUUAUUGAUAAAAACAAUGAAAAUUAUCGAAUUUCACUUAAGAAUGGCCAUACUCUUAUAUCUAAAUAUUUGUUUAGUAAAAUGGCUAACAAUAAUACGAAGAAUAUUGUUGAUUUGGCGAUUCAUGUUGCAAACUCUGCCGAUAUUUCUUUAAGAAAAAUGUUUCUCUCAUCAACGUUUUUGAUAAGUAACGAGGCACGAAAGGAGCCUAUUUUACAUCAAUUGAUUUGGAGAACCUCAUGUGUUGAGGCACUAGAGCUAUUGAUACAUCAUUUCCCUGAUGUAAAUGCUUUUAACGAAGGAAAUGUAACACCGUCAUUUGUGGCAGCAGCGAAAGGACAUACUAACCAGUUAAAACUUUUACAUAACAAAGGUGCAAAUCUUAACUUUAUUGUUAAAGGUAAAAUGUUGAUAAAUUCUUAUGAGGUAUUCAAUAAGUUAGAAAUGAUGAAAUUGUAUUAUUAUUCAGGAUAUAGUUUGUUGCAUAUUGCAUCACAACAUGGACAUCAUUCAACUGUAAAAUAUAUUUUAGCAUUUAACCACUCUUUGGUUUAUGUAAGAAAUACUGUAGGUUUGAAUGCUGGUCACGUUGCAUGUGAGAAUGGACAUUUAAAUGUGGUCAAAGAAAUGACAUCCCUUCAUACCAAAACAUUCUUCUAUGAAUGUAUGUAUUAUGCGUCUAAACGAAAUCAUAAACAUAUUUCAGAAUGGCUUGUAUCAAAUGGAUUUACGUUUGAAUGUAUUUCCAACCAGAGAUCGUUUGAAGCUUUUCAAAACGUAACCAAAUUAGAUCAUUUCAAUUUAAUUCAGCAUGGUUUUGCUACUUUUCCGAACGAUUCUUUUACUUUACACCUUAUUGCCCCCUUAGAUAUUUGGUGGAUUAUUUUUAAACAUAAUCCACUCAUAACAGCAAUCAAAACAGGUUCAAUGGAUGUAGCUAAAUAUUUACUAAAUACCUUCUACGAAGCACGCAAAUGUUAUGAUGCAUUUGGAUAUUCUGCGGCGCUUACAAGUGUUCGCUUAAACCGUACCGAACUUUACCCACUAUUAAACAAAGAAAUAGCAUCAGACAAAUGUGGAAAUAUUCCAAACCAUAUAAAACUAAAAAAUAAUGAGCCAAUGCAUACUUUACUAGAUACUUUCUUAUCAGACAGAUGUCCUGAAAAUGGAUCAGUAUCACAUGUUGUAGCUUCAUAUGCUCCAGAUUACCAAAUUUAUACUCAUGUUAUUAGGAAUAGGCUCGAUGUGAACUGGAACCAUCCUGAUAGCUUCGGAAAUUAUCCAAUUCAUUACGCUGUUGCUAACCGAAAUUUUCUUUAUAUUUAUUUGUUCGAAAAAGGAACACUCUCAUCAAAAGAUAAACCAUAUUCAUUGAUAGAAACAUUGGCUUUAAAUGGCUCAACUGCUUUUCACACAUCUGCCAUUUCUGACCAACACCUUAGCAUGUAUUACCUAACUGAUUCUUUCAAGAAGCCAGUUCCGGACAUAAAAGACCACAAUGGACGUGGAAUAACACAUUAUGUAGUAUUGAAAGAGUUUGAUAGUAUUGUUAGCAAUCCGGAAAUGGAAUCGCAUACGCAAUCAUUACAUAUUAUUCGAUAUUUGAAGGAUAAAUCAAAGCAUUCUCUUACGGCGCGUGACGGUUUUGGUAGAAAUAUAUUGCAUUACAGUUUGAAAAAUGGUCAUUAUUAUGUAGUGGUAUACUUGUUUCAACAUCAGAAGACACACUUUAACUCUAUGAUUUUGGAUAUAGAUAACGAAAGAAAUAAUCCAUUUGAGUUUGCUCUGAAGAAGUACGAAAGAAAGAAUUACGUUAUGAUUUUACCAAAAAAUGUUAUGUUUUGUGACAUAUACUCUAGUUUCGCAAAUAUCAAUGUGAAAGACUUUCCAAACAUUAUGUCAUCAUAUGAGCUUACAAUGGGAUACGUUAUAUCAAUUUUCUCUGCUCAAGAAUAUCGCCUCUUCGUUGAGCCAAAUUUGAAAUAUAUUAUGGAGAAAAGUCCUUAUCUUCUAACUACUGUAUUGGCAUAUCAUAAAAAUGUAAAUUUGAAACGGUUACAACGUUUGCUAGUUGAAAGUCAAGUCAAUGCUCUAACAGCUUUUAUGCAUUUUGUCAUUGCUCGCCAUAAACCGUUAGCAUUUAUUUCAUGUAACCAAUCACUAUCCUUAUCACCUUUACAUUAUGUAUUACUUACGCACGAUCAUCACGUUUCAGUUUUUCAUUGGCAUGACGUCGACUAUCAUAAUUUCCUUUACAUGAUUUUUAAACAAAAUGAAAAUUCGUAUGCGUUUAAAUGUCCUGAUAUAAAUGGAUUUAACAUAUUUCACUAUUCUGUAAUCGGUGGCAAUUUUCAAUCGGCCAGAAUCCUCAUGGGAGAAAAUAUUACCAUGACAAAUAAAAACGUAACGUUAAAAGACGUUUUCUUGAUGACUAUGCAAGCUCGUUUAAAAAGCGACCAACGUAAUUAUAUUGAAUGUAUUAAGCACCCAUCCAGUCAAUCACAGGAAAAAUGUACAGAUAAGUUUCUAGUAGAAUUGGUUAAUUCGAAAAGGAGAUCGUUUAAUUUCAUCUUUUUUUGUGAUAAUAAAACUAUGGAAUUGUCUCUUGUGCAUUUGUUUGCAAUAAAUGGAAUGCCUCUGACGCUAGCAGCUAUUGCAAACAUGUUUGGGAAGGAAAUCUUGAACUGUCAAAGUAGAGACCGCCUUACCCCCUUGUAUUUUGCAAAACUCUUUAGCCAAGACGAUAUUGUGUCUCUGAUUGGUGAACAUUAUGGUUUAACGCUUCCAACUGUCCAGGCAGAAGAAUGGUUAAUUUGGUCAAUGUUGAAUAAGUUUACACAAACAAAUAUUUCCGAACCGUUAUUUCAUUUCUCAAUUAACGCGGUCCUCCCACAUUAUUCUUCUAGGCACUUAUUGAAAGAGUCAGUUUUGGUUUCCAAAUAUUUUAAUGAUUCAUUACAAAGGGGUGUCGCAGAUGUUCCUCACAUUUGUGAUAAUCUAUUUUUACAGUUGUUAUCGUCAGAUAUACCGAAUAUUGUUUCUAUUAUAAAUUCUUUGGAAUUAUUAUACUUUAACAAUGAAUCCAGUUCCUGUUAUUCACGAGUAGCUGUACUUAUGCAACAACACAAAAUGUUUCAAACUACAAUAAUUAAUUUCAUAACUUUUCAACAUAUAAACGGAUGUCACGUUACUAAAAAACUUUUUAAACCAUUUCUUGCCAAAUGCUAUCAAGUAAAUAAUUUAUUUACAAAGAUGAAAACUAGAAUAUUUAAUGAUUGUGAAAACAAAUCUAGUUUCAUUUUGGAGGGAGUGAUAACCUAUCAAUUGAUAGUUUCAGCUAGGCAGUUAUACUUAAAACUCCAUCGAUUGUUUAAAAGUGUAGCUAUAUCUUUUUUGUUACAGUACGGAAAAACAUUUAAGAUUCGACUGCCAGAAUCAUACGAAUUUAUGCAUUUUAGAAUGACAGCGCUUAAAUUCAAUGUUCAAGAAAAAUUUAGUUUGAUAUUAAAACUUCAACCACUUGUUGCUAUAAAUGACACUUCCAUAUAUAGUCAUAGGUAUCUAAAUAUUGUAAAGUCAACAAUCGCUUAUAAACAUUUAAAACCGCGUCUUAUUGUAGAUAGAUUCAGUUUAUUUAAUCCGUCUGAGAUAAAAUCUAAUGUUAUUAAAAGUUUCCAAUUGAAAGAACCUUUCAAAGAUUUAGGAUAUUUCUUACUUGGUUUUUGGAAAACAAUGGACGCGGAACUAAGGACGGAUAGUGAACACCAAAACUUUGUUUCCAUUUAUCGAGGUUUUGCAUAUGUUGGUGAACAAUUGGAGGGUUAUACAAAAGAAGGACUAGACAGAACGUAUCAAAACAUUUAUAAAACAUUAGCGGGUAAUCCUCCGUGCAAAAGAGAGUGCAGUAGAAUUCAUAAAUGUCAGUUUACAAAAUGGUGCAAAACGUGCAAUGGUUGGCGAAAUCAACUGCUUAAAACAAGAAAAUCACAUCAUGUUUCUUGGGAAGUUUCUCAUUCUUGGAAAUGGCCAAACGGAUACACAGACAUUGUUGAGAUCUAUAUUCCAGCUGGAUGGCAGAGUGACCAAAAUGAUGCCCUUGAUAUCAAAGAUAUAUCUACUGCAUGUUAUAUCUGGGAAAAUUGUUCUAAACAGUUUCAAGUAAAACCGUUCAUUAUCAAGAAAAUACGGCAAUUCAGAAAUCAAUAUUUUGCCCAUAACACUUCUCUGAAAGCAUCUGAUUUAGAGAAAACACGAGUAUUUGAUGUUUUGAAGGACCUAUUGAAUGAGACCGAGGUACAAAGUCAUAUUGACGUUCAAGAUUGCCUCCACCAUCUUUCAACUAUUGAACAGGGAUACCACAUGGAAAAUUUUAUGGUUGCAUUUCAAAAUCUUGUCAAGCAUCAUAAUAUUCAAUAUUGUACUCAAGGAGACAACUUAAUAAAAGGGCAAGAAUAUUUACGAACAAAUGUUGAAAAUAUUCAGAAAGAUAUAAGAAUAUUCAGAAGAGAUAUGAAUAAGUUAUUUCAAAUAAACGAAACCAUUUUCUCAAAAUGGUUUUCAUGGACGAAAAGGUUUGUCUCAAGUAACAAAAUACACAUUACUUUAUUUAUUGUGGUUUUGCUAUCAAUAGUCGCAUUAUGCGGUUUGAUAUUGCUCUCCAAACGUUAUGAAGCCGAAACCGAAAAAGAGGAACGUCAUGAUGAAGCAUGCAUUUCUGAACAAUACAGUGUACCGUAUUCUCAAGAUCUUCCACUGCUUGGGUAUUUGAAAGAGCACAAGUCACUUGUUGGUCGUCAAUGGCUAAUGGAAAAAUUGCAGAACGAUUUGUUUCGAUUGAAUAGCAGUAAAAACCAUGGUAUUGUACUUGUUGCUGAAAUGGGUUAUGGUAAAUCUGCAUUUGUUUCAAAAUUAUUAUGUCCGGGGUCGAUUAAUAUAGCCAGAGAUAUUCAUAAGCACAUUGUUGCAUUUCAUGUUUGCAAGUUUGACGUGAGAAGCACCCAUCUACCAGAGCGAUUUAUACGCAGACUUGUUGGAUUCUUCUCAAAAAAGAGUGCAGAAUACGGAAACAUAGUAUCAAUGUUACCCGAGAGUCACAUUUUGUUUAACAGAGAUAGUUGUAACAAAGAACCCGAAGCGUGCUUUGAUCAAGGCGUAACUAUACCACUGAAACAGUUAUCUAGUGUUUCAGAUACACCGUGGAUUGUAGUUGUAGAUGCAAUAGAUGAGUGUGAGAGUUCAGAUAGUAAUACUAUUUUAGACCUUUUGUCAAAUAGAAUUUACCAGCUUCCGAAAUGGCUAAAGUUUCUUAUUACCUCCAGGAAUGUUACGCAUUCAACAUUGCUAAGAAAAAUGAAGCUUGAAUACCUUAACUCAUCUGACUCAAAAAAUAUAGAGGACAUAAAGUUUUUUAUUCAAAAAUCAUUUCCUAAAAACACUAACGAAGACGUUAUAAACAAAGUUGUUCUGGAAAGUGAAGGAAACUUCGUUUAUAUAAUCCAGGCUCUAAAGUGGAUUAUCGAUAACAACGACAAUGGAACUAUCCCUGUCUUUCCUGAAGAUCUAGGCGAUAUUUAUGACAUAAACUUCAGCAGACAAUUUGGCAGUUCAUCUUAUAAGAUCCCUAAAUCAAUAUUGGAAAUCAUUUGUUCAACGAUGAAUCCUGUUUCAAAAUCAGAAAUAUUCGCUAUUCUUAAAUCUUCAAACAAAACAUUAACAGCGAUUGAUUUUGAUCAAUAUUUUAACUCCUUAAGCUUCUUUCUAAGAAUAGAUCAAGAUGUUCGCAUAUCUCAUCAGGCUUUAUAUUUUUGGCUCACUGAUAAGCAAAAUGAAAAUUAUCAAAUCUCUCUUUCGUAUGGUCACACUUUGAUAUCUAAUUAUUUAUUCAGCAGGAUGUCUGGAUAUGAUUGUAAAUAUAUUGUUAAUCUAGCGAUUCAUGUUGCAAACUCUGGAAAUUCAGCUUUAGAAAAAACAUUUCUCACGUCAACAUUUUUAGAUUGUAACGGAUUACUAAAGAAGCCUGUAUUACAUAAAUUAAUUUGGAAAACGCCGAGUGUUCAGGCACUUGCGUUAUUGAUACAUCAUUUCCAAGACGUAAAUGGUUUAAAUGAAGGAAAUGUUACACCAUCAUUUGUAGCAGCAGCCAAAGGACAUACCGACCAGUUAAAACUUUUAUAUAGAAAAGGUGCUGAUUUUAACUUUAUUGUUAAACGUCACAUGAUAAUAGGUUCGCAUGACAUAUUCAAUAAGCUUGAAAUGAUGAAGCUGUAUUAUUAUUCAGGAUACAGUUUAUUGCAUAUUGCAUCGCAACAUGGUCAUAUUUCAACUAUAAAAUAUAUUUUGGCAAAAAGCCAUUCUUUGAUUUACGUCAAAAAUUCAAUGGGUUUGAAUGCUGGCCAUGUUGCAUGUGAGAAUGGCCAUUUAAAUGUUGUCCGACUCUUGAAGAGCCUUCAUUCUAAAAGCUUUUUCUAUGAGUGUAUGUACUACGCUUCUAAACGAAAUCAUAAACAUAUUGCAGAAUGGCUUGUAUCGAAUGGAUUUGUUUUUGAAUGCAUUUCCGACAAGCGCUCCUUUGAAGCUUUACAAAAUGUAACACGUUUUAAAAAGUCACACUUAAUUGAAAACGGUGUUGCUGUAUUUCCAAAUGAUACUGUUAAUUUACAUCUUAUUGUACCAUUAGACAGUUGGUGGAUUGUUUUUAAACAAAAUCCACUUAUGACUGCAAUCGAAACAGGUUCAAUGGAUGUUGCUAAAUAUCUCCUUGAAACUUUUUAUGAAACACGUAAAUGUCAUGACGCAUUUGGUUUUACUGCAGCGCUUGCAAGUGUACGCUUCAAUCGUACUGAACUGUAUCACCUAUUAACCAAAGAGUUAGUUUCUGACAAAUGUGGAAGAUUUCCAAAAUAUCUAAAUACUGUUGAAGGUAUGUUAAUCACUAAACUGCCAAAUAAAUGUCCUGAAAGUGGAACAGUAUCUCAUGUCAUAGCAUUAUACGUGCAAAGUAAACAUAUUUAUUUAUAUAUAAUCCAGAAUAAACUUCAUGUGAAUUGGAAUCAUGCAGAUAAAUUUGGAAAUUUUCCGAUCCAUUACGCUGCUUCAAAUCAAAAUAUCUUAUUCAUUGACUUGUUUGUAGAAGGUUUUAUCUCGUCACAAAAUGGCACUUCUUUGUCACUGACAGAUACAUUGGCCUUAAAUGGCUCAACUGCGUAUCACAUAGCUGCAAUAUCUGGUCAAUAUAUAAGUAUGUCAUUUCUAACAGACUCAUUUGAGAAACCAAUUCCAGAUAUAAAAGACGACUUUGGACGUAGUAUUUCACAUUACGUAGUAUUAAGACAGUUCGAUGGUUUUGUCGGCAAUCAAGAAAUGGAAUAUCACGUACAAUCAUUGUAUAUUCUUCGCUACUUGCUUGAGACAUCAUCUCAUUCCAUUACAGCACGUGAUGAUUCCGGUAGAAACAUCUUGCACUAUUGUCUUAGAAACGGCCAUGCUCGUAUAGUGGUAUACUUGCAAGAACAGCAGAGUGAAAGCUUUUCCCUAAUGCUAUCACAAGAUGAUUAUGACGGAAAUAAUCCGUUUGAUGUUGCUGUAAAGGAGCACAACAAAACGCUCCCAUUGAUUUUUCCCGAUAAAGAUUUAUUUUACGACAUAUAUUUUACUUUUGCUAAUAUAAAAUAUGAAGAUUAUCCCAAGAUAAUGUCAUCAUGGGAGCUUACAAUGCUGUUUAUGAUACAAAUAUUCUCUGCUGAAGAUUACCGUGUUUUCAUUAAGCCGAAAUUAAAAUAUAUAAUGGAAAAAAGUAUAUACAUUUUCAAUGCUGUUUUGGUUUAUCAUAAAAACGUAAACGUAAAAAAGUUGCAAAGUUUUUUAAUUGAAAGUAAUAUUAAUCCUCUUACAGUUUUUAUGCACGUUGUUGUUGCCCGCCAUAAACCGCUUUCAUUCAUUUCAUGUAAUAAACCAUUAUUAAUUUCCCCUUUACAUUAUCAUUUACUAAAUCACCAUCAUAAAGAUUCUAUUUUUCGUUUACCAUAUUUUUACAUAAGUUAUUUCCUUUACAACAUUUUCACAAAAAAUAAAAAAAUAUAUGCUUUUCACUGCCCUGAUGAAAACGGUUUUAACAUAUUUCAUUAUUCUUUAAUCGGUGGUAACGUUCAGUCAGCCAGAAUUCUAAUGCGAGAAAACAUUUCCAUAACAAACAGUCACAUUAAUUUAAAAGACGUAUUCUUAAUGGCAAUGUUAUCUCGUUUAAAAAGUGACCAACGUAAUUACAUCGAAUGUGAUGACUAUCCGCCCAGUCAAACACAAGCAAAAUGUACUGAUAAAUUCCUCGUGGAAGUUUUGCAGGAGAAAAGUAAAUUACUGAAUUAUAAAUUUUUCUGUAAUGAAAAAUCCAGGGAAUUGUCUCUUGUUCAUUUAUUGGCAGUAAAUGGACUGGCUAAAACACUAGAAACUAUUGCAAAAAUGGUCGGGAAGAAAAUAUUGAGUUGUCAACAUGAAAAUGAGUUUACACCAUUGUAUUUUGCAAAACUUUUUCGCCAAGAUUCCGUUGUUUCUUUGAUUGGUGAGCAUUACGGUUUUACACAUCCAAUAGUCCAGGCAGAGGAAUGGUUUAUUUGGUCAAUGCUGAAUAAAUUCCCACAACUUAAGGUUUUUGAACCAUUAUUUCGUGUUUCAAAUUCGUUGUCCCUUUCGCCAUAUUAUUCUGGACAUUUGCUAAAAGAGUCAAUUUUGGUUUCCAAAGUUUUUAAAAAUUCAUUUUCAAUAGGUGUCAUUGAUUUUACUCAUAGUUGUGAUAUGGUAUUAGGCUAUCAUUUAUCGUCAGAAAUACCGAAUAUUUUAUCUAAGAUACAUCUUUUGGAAUCAUUAUACUUUAACAAGGGAUCAGUUUCUUGUAAUUCACGAAAAGCUUCACUGAUACAGCACAACAAAAUGUUCCAAACAACCAUAAAACCUAUCUUAUCUUUGGAAGAUAUAGAACAUGGAUGUCACGUUUUUAAGAAGCUGUUGCAACCAUUUCUUGCCAAAUUCUAUCAAGUUAGUAAAUUAUUUAAACAGAUGAAAACUACAAAAAUCCAUCAUUGUAAAAGAAAAUCAAGUUUUAGUUUGGACGAUGUAAGAAACUAUCAACUGUUAGUGUUAGCAAGAAAGUUAUGCCUCAAGCUGCAUAAACUGUAUAAAAGUACAGCUAUUUCGUUUUUGAUACAGCAUGGAAAAUCAUUUAAAUUUCGAGUGCCAAAUUCAAACACAUUUCUCUAUAGUAGAAUGAUAGCACUUGAAUUCAAUGUUAACGAAAAAUUUAGUCUUUUAUCAAAACUUCAUCCACUUGUCUCUAUAAAUGACACUUCAGUAUUUAAAUAUAAAUAUUUGAACAUUAUAAAGUCAACAAUAGCUUAUAAACAUUUUAAGAAUAAAUUAGUAAUUGAUACAUUUGGUAUGAAAAGUUUUACUAACCAACCUGAAACGGAAGAACAUAUCACCAGGAGCUUUAUUGUAAAAGAACCUUUUAAAGAUUUACAUUAGUUAAAAGAUUAUAAAAAUUACCUAUAACAGUUUCUUAAAAAAAUUACAGAAUUUGUUAAACUUGUUUUAUAGUAUUCAUGUAAAUAUUAAUUUUCAAUGAUAUGUACCAACCCUCUUUCAGAAGAAUAUUCUUGUAAAUAACUAAUUGUAUUUUAUUUCAUUUAUCUCAUCAUUUUCAGGUAUCAUCAUAAUUUAUUUUCGAUGGCAAAUUUUAUUUGUUGAUAUAUUUAAUGACAUAUUGUCUAGGUCGGCCUCUGCUUAUGUAAUGUCCUGACGACAUACUUUUUUUAAGAUUAUUAAGCUUACAUUAUUGAUUAUUUGUCAAUUUAAUCGCAUUCACCUGUAUAUACAUUAAGAUAUUCUAUCUUUAGCUAUCGAUAUAAGAUAAGCAAGUAAUGUUAACUUGGGAAAAUGCCGAUGUUGUGUAAUUUCUAAAUAAAAAGUGCUCAAUUCAAAUGCCUUUAUCUUUCCUUCAAACAGUAACAAAUGUGAAAGUGUUCUUUUUUAAGAUUUAUAUUUAGAAUUACAUAGAUAGAUUUGUAUAUUAUGGAGUCUAUUUUUCUAAGUCAUCAUUUUACUGUUUUGAAUGUACCUACUUAUUUUGAUGAAAGAAUGUAUUGCAGAGAAAUAUAAUAAAUGUAGGAA